AUGCAAACUCCCUCCACUACUACUACUACUACCACUGAUGUGGGUACCAGUGCUACUUCUUUCUUAGAAGCUGAUGAAGAUCAAGAUGAAGAGUCCAUUUUUCUUUCUCUUGGUCCUCCUGGACAGGGUGUCCCCAAACAGUACCACCUCAUCUAUCACCAGUCUUCUUCCUCAACCCAACCUCCUCCUCAUCAUCACCAUCAUCAUCAAGAUCAAAACCCUAAUACUGAUCAUCUUGAGGAUGGUGCUGUCACAGUAGCUCUUCAUAUUGGGCCACCAAGUAGUGGUAGUACAAUUAGUUCAUCAAUUGGAAACCCUAACCACAACCACAUUGGUGCUCCUAUAGAAGGCCAGUACUGGAUUCCCUCCCCUGCACAAAUCCUUGUUGGCCCCACCCAGUUCUCCUGCCCUGUCUGCAGCAAAACAUUCAACAGAUACAACAACAUGCAGAUGCAUAUGUGGGGACAUGGAUCACAAUAUAGGAAGGGGCCAGAAUCCUUAAGAGGGACAAAGCCAGCUUCAUCAGUGCUGAGACUUCCAUGCUACUGCUGCGCAGAGGGGUGCAAGAACAACAUAGAGCACCCAAGGUCAAGGCCACUCAAAGACUUCAGGACACUGCAGACACAUUACAAAAGAAAACAUGGGUCAAAGCCAUUUGGGUGCCGCAAAUGUGGGAAGCCAUUUGCGGUGAGAGGAGAUUGGAGGACUCACGAGAAGAACUGCGGCAAGCUCUGGUUUUGCAUUUGUGGGUCUGAUUUCAAGCACAAGAGGUCGCUCAAAGACCAUGUUCGUGCAUUUGGGGAUGGCCACGCACCCUACGGUGUUGAGUUGUGUACUGAGCCUGAAGAAGAAGAUCAUCUGGAUGAUGAAGAUGAGGAUGAUGAUUAA